AUGAUGUCGAAGGUAAAGUAUCUUGAAGUAUCCACAACCUUCUUGAUAUUUGCAUUGAGUAUAAUUAUAAAAACUUACAAGAUAGAAAAUGGGAAUUUUGUUGUUUGGGAUGAAGCACACUUCGGCAAAUUUGCAGAGAAGUAUUUAUCCAGAAAGUUCUAUUUUGAUGUUCAUCCACCCCUGGGAAAGAUAUUAACCUCUCUUGGAGGAUAUCUUUUUAACCAGCCAUUGGAUUUUGAAUUCAACUCCGGAGAGAAAUUUCCUCAAGGGUUUGAUUAUUCAGGAAUGCGAAGGUUUCAUUCAAUCAUAGCUUCCUUUACGCCUGUUAUUGGAUAUCUGAUGCUCAAGGAGAUGGGAUAUUCAUAUAGGCGUAGAACUAUCCUAUCUUUAAUGUUUAUAUUUGAGAAUGGAUUUACAUCUAUUGGAAGACUUAUACUUUUAGAUUCUCAUCUUUUGACGUUUACAGCUGCAGUUGCGUAUUUCAUGACCAGAAUGUACUUUAGAUCGAAGAAGAGAGUGGAUAUUCCAUCUAUUUUUCUCCUAGGCAUAACUCUGGGUUGUGUUAUGAGUGUCAAGUGGAUAGGAUUCCUAACAACGAGCCUGGUUGGGGUAUUUACCAUCUAUCACUUGUGGUGCAACAUAACUUCCAAGGAAAGCAUUCUUGCCUUUAUGAAGUUAUUCCUUGUAAAAGCAUUCUUUUUAAUCGGCGUGCCCUCAUUUCUGUAUAUUUUGCUGUUCUAUAUUCAUUUUGAGAUAGUCAACAGAAGCAGUAGUGAUGACGGGCAGAUGAGCUCACUCUUCCAAGCUACUCUUAAAGGAAGCGAUAUCAGCAACAAUAGAAAGUAUCCACUGUUUGGAACAAAGAUAACUAUUAAGGCAUCUAAAACAGGAGGAGGAUAUCUUCACUCCCACGACCAUAAAUAUCCAGAUGGAAAGAACAACCAGGUAACUAUCUAUCAUCACAAGGAUGAAAACAACGGAUGGGUAUUUCAAAAGGUAACAGAUGAUCUAGAAGAUGCAAAGUUUAUAGAGUCUGGUGAUACAGUAGUUCUGUUACACAUGGAAACAAAAAAGCAUUUAGAUGUUCCAAAUAAUCCCUCUUUUAUCUCAAGUGGGUUAAGAGCAGAGUCUUCAGGCAGUCAUCUUUCUGAUACAAAUCUGUUUAAGAUUGAAAUAGUAGAUGAUGCUUUAAAGAAAGAGAGCCGGGUGAAAACUCUCACGACAAAAUUUCGACUGUUAAAUAUCAAGCACAACUGUUAUCUCAAGCCCUCUUCGAGGAAAUAUCCCUCCUGGGGAUUUGAGCAAGGGGAGGUUAUCUGUGCUGCAAGAAAGGAUGAGGCCGCGCUUUGGAAUGUAGAGGAAAGCGUUUCUGACAAGCUUGACGAGGAAAAGAACCCCGUAUACAAGGAGGUUACAAAGUACCCAUUCAUCAAGAAGUUUAUAGAGCACAACAAGGCCAUGUUUAUUACAAAUGCUUCUUUUGUUCAAGAUGAAGACCUGGAGCCAGAAAGAAUUGUCUCAAAGCCAUAUGAAUGGUUUAUUCUCAGGAGAGGCAUGAGGAUGACUGCAUGGGACGGGCGGAACGAAAAGUUUUAUAUGUUUGGAAACCCACUUGUGUGGUACUCCUCAGGUAUUUGUGUGAUUCUUUCUCCCUUUUUACUUCUUUCCAGAGUCAUUAUCCGAAAGCGAAAAGGGAAGCCACUAACCUUUUUGAAAAACGAGGGUUAUAUGGUAUUUUUGUCUUGCUGUGGAUGGCUUUUUCAUUAUGUCCCAUUCUUCUUUGUCAAAAGGGUGUUGUAUUUCCACCACUACUAUCCCGCUUUAUUUUUCGCAUUAUUUUCAUUGUGCUACGUUAUGAAGUUUGUCAGGUUUAGGUUUGUUGCUGUGUUUAUGUCUGCAGUUAUCAUAUCCUUUUUUCUCUACUCGAGGCUGACAUAUGGGUUUACAGAGGAAACACCAUUUCUUAGAAGAAUCAGUAUGAUUCCUACCUGGGAUUUCUUAGAAAAAGAAUAA